AUGGGCCUUGGCUGGCUGCAUCCCGCCGCUGACAGCUCUGCGCUCGGAGAGAAGGUGUUGGUGGUGGGCGAUGGCGACCUCAGCUUCAGUGCGGCUCUCUCCACCAGUGGACUGGAUCUGAGGCUCACAGCAACCACAUUGGAGUCACGCGAGGACCUCCUCAGACGCUACACUCGGUCUCGUGAGCACAUCGAUGCCUUGGAGGAGGCCGGUGCCACUGUACUUCACGCAGUUGAUGCGACAUGCCUUCAGCAACAUCUUCAAGGGAAGACGGAGCUUUCCUUCGAUCGCAUCAUCUUCAACUUUCCGUAUCAGGCGACCGGUGGCAUCAAGGGGCUUCGACGACUGCUUGGCGCAUUCCUGGCCGAUGCCGCGGGGCUUCUCGCGGCAGACGGCGUGAUUGAGGUGGCCCUGUGUGCUGGCCAGGGCGGAACCGCUGCUGACGGCCCUCGACUUCGUGGUUGGGCCGGCUCCUGGCGUGUUCCCUUGCUGGCUGCGCACGCCGGGCUGGCUCUCGCAGGAGUCGAAGCCUGGAUGCCGCCUCGGAGCCACAGAUUUCAUUAUGCUCCACUGCGCGAGCCCGGCAACAAAGAUGCGGCGGGCGGCGCAGGUGGCAAGGCCUUCCCGACUGAGGGUGCGCUGCUUCAUCGUUUCGUUUGCCGACCUCGUGCAAGCCUGGCCCCGGCCCAGGUGUUAUCCGAUCUUGCGAAAGACCGCAUCGCCGCUGCCAAGCAGGUCUUGAAAAGCGAGCUCCGUGCGCGAGACGUGGAGGCGUCGUGGCAAGAAGAACCGAGAGCAGAGUGCGUCCGAGACGAAAGGAGCUUGAUCCUUCCAUCCAGUUGGACGGAAGGACAGCUUGAGAGCGCGGUGCGCGCGAUUUCCCAGUUCGACAAGUUUCGCUGGGUGGAGGGAAGCCUGCACCAAGGUGCAGCUUCGCCGACAAAACAAAGCUGCCUUGAGGUGCUGGUGCCGCGGCCGGAGUUCACUCCCUGCUUUCCUGCCGUUGGGGCGGGUGCCCCUAGGCCUCCAGCUCCACGCUGCGAAGACUGGCUACAACUAUGCUGGUCUUGCGCAUCGAUGCCUGAACCGAAGGUCUCGGAAGCCGUUUGCUUCGACCUGGAGGUGCUGGCCAGGAUUCAUGCUGGCGUGCAGCAGAGGAGCCUCCUCGGCGAGGCCCUACCUGCGAUCAUGUACCCAUGCCUUUUCUGCCAUGAUUUGCGAAUCAAGCGGACAGAGGUUGUGCUGGAGUCGGCCAAAGUGCUGAAGACCAUAAAGGAGGUUUGCGGCAGCCUGCUGGUGGAAUUGUUGGAGUUGACUGCCGAGGAAUCUGGUGUACCAGCAGGCGAGCGGCACUGGAGGCUGCUGUUGGCCUCGGCGACUGCCGUUCUGGACGACCACCAAGCCUACGCCGCUUACCAGGCCGUGCGCAACUCCGUGGCAUCACUGGGAGCCACCCUUUGCUGA